AUGAUUUUCACGAUACGGGUGUGGGCUCUCUUAGGCCUCGCUAGUGCUUUGGUUCAUGCAGCGAGCUAUCGUACUGUCGGUUCAUCAGGAUGUGCUGCUCAGAUGGUCUUCGUGCCUCCAUACACCGACACAGUGGUCUUCCUCGACAAUUAUCAUCGCAACUUUGGUGGUCCAGGAGUGGAUCUCGAGAAUGGCGCUCACUCACGGGAACCAUUCAUGCAGGAUGACGACUCGGGCCUCUUCGUCUUUGGUGUCGAGUACGAAUGGCGUACCAACAACCUCCGCAAGUUGACACCGAAAUCAAACACGUUUUGUGCUGCUGGCGCCUUCUUCCCGGAUGGAACCAUGGUCAACGUUGCAGGUGCGGAACUUUACUCUGGUGACGCCAAUACGAAAAGACUCCAGGACGGACGCCAGACUGUGCGAAGGUACAAGCCAGGUCCUUGCGGGAUUGAGGGAUGUAACAUGGAUUUUGAGGUCAAUGUCGACGAGCUGCAAUCUCGCAGGUGGUACCCGACUUCUAUCACCAUGACCAACGGCGACAUCCUUGUUGUUGGUGGUUCAGAUGUUGGUCUUCUGGUCACGAAUGAGGCUUCCAUCAACAAUCCUACCUACGAGCUGAUCAAGGCUGACGGUAGCAAGGCACCGCCGCAGAGAAACUUGACUAUCUUGGAGUUUGGCGCCGAGGAUAAUCAGAACGCUGACAUGUCGUUCAACCUCUAUCCUAUCCUACACAAGGAACUACCAGAUAUCCCCGGCGGCCCAAGAACUUUUCCAGGAUCUGCCGCUGCCGUACUAUUGCCUCUUGGCGUGGGCGCUUACGAGCCUACUAUCCUAGUGUGCGGUGGCAGCUCAGGAGACAUUCCGAACCCCAAAGCCCUACCUGACUGCUACAGAAUCAGACCAAACGAUGACAAUCCUGUCUGGGAAGAGGAUGAUGCCUUGCCAAAUGGUGGCCAAACAAUGAUCGAACCCAUCCAACUGCCCGACGGAACAGUUGCCAUGAUGAACGGCGCCCACAGAGGAAGUGCCGGAGGCUAUCAAGCCGAAGACCCAGCACUGCAAGCACUAAUCUACGACCCGCACAAGCCUGCCGGCCAACGCUUUACCAAGUCCGCCAGCUCUGGGAUUCCGAGAAUGUACCAUUCAGUCGCCAUUCUGCUACCCACAGGAGAAGUCUUGGUCGCCGGCAGCAAUCCCGAUGUCUUUUACAAUCCCAUUGGCAAUGUUUCGCUCGCGAACGAAAAGUACCCAUAUUUUGGAAACAACGGUCAUACUUCGUACCUGCAUCAGCAACAAGAAACUGACACGGCUUAUCCCACGGAAUACCGCGUCGAGAUCUUCGCACCGCCUUAUAUGGAUGCCACCCGCCGCCCCUUCAUCACCGCAUAUCCUCUCUCUGUCAAGUACAACGAGCGUUUUCAGAUAGCAGCCGAGGGGGCACGCGAGGAUGUAGUUGUCCGACUUUCUUACUCUGGCUUCCACACUCAUGGCGUUGAUAUGGGAGCGAGAAUGGUGCAGCUGGAUGCUGUGUUGAGCCCUGAUGGCGAUGACAUGAUUGAUGUUACUUCUCCAUUCAACCCUUCUGUUAUGCCGCCUGGUGUUUACAUGCUUUGGGUUAUUGAGAAGGGGAUUCCUUCAGAGGCUGUGUGGAUCAAGUUGGAAGUUUGA